AUGGAUUGGGAUUGGGGAUAUGGGAUUGUGCCCGAGUGCCAGCCGGGAUUCCGGCCCGGGGAUGGCGGGGACUGCAUCGACGUGGACGAGUGCCAGGAGUACGGGGCCGGGCUGUGCGGGGCUCAGCGCUGCGAGAACAUUCCGGGCUCCUAUCGCUGCGUGCCCGAGUGCCAGCCGGGAUUCCGGCCCGGGGACGGCGGGGACUGCAUCGACGUGGACGAGUGCUCCAACGGGACCCUGUGCGGUGCCCACGCCACCUGCCACAACCUGCCCGGCUCCUUCCAGUGCGCCUGCGACCCCGGCUAUGAGACCGCCCGGCACGGCCACCACUGCGUGGACGUGGACGAGUGCCAGACCCUCCGCGGCGUUUGCGGGGCCGAGCGCUGCGAGAACGUCGAGGGCUCCUUCCUGUGCCUGUGCCCCGACUCCCGGCAGGAGUUCGACCCCGUCAGCGGCCGCUGUGGGGCCCUGCCCACCCCACAGAGCCCCGAAAUCAGAGCCCAGAUCCCCCAAAUGCGGCCCCAAACCCCACAGAGCCCACAAAUCCCCCAGAACCCACAAAUGCGACCCCAAAGCCCCGAAAUCAGACCCCAAACCCCCCAAACUGGACCCCAAAUUCGACCCCAAAGUCCCGAAAUCAGACCCCAAAUCCCCCAAACUGGACCCCAAACCAGACCCCAAACUCCCCAAACCAGACCCCAAAGUCCUGAAAUCAGACCCCAAACCCCUCAAAUUGGACCCCAAACCAGACCCCAAACUCCUCAAACCCGACCCCAAAGUCCCGAAAUCAGACCCCAAAGCCCCCAAACCAGACCCCAAAUCCGACCCCAAAGUCCUGAAAUCAGACCCCAAACCCGACCCCAAAGCCCCCAGAGCCGACCCCAAAGCCCUGCUGGGGAUUUUGGGGUGGCCUCGUGUUUCAGUAGGGCCUGUGGGGUCCUGGCCCCCAACGUGACCCACCCGCAGUGCUGCUGCACCCUGGGGUGGGCAUGGGGGGCACAGUGCCCCGGGCAGCCCUGCCCCGCACCUGGCACAGAUGCUCACCUGGCCCUGUGUCCCCACGGGCCCGGGCGCCUCCCCGAGACCCCCCAGGGCCCCCCCACAGAUGUGGAUGAGUGCUCCCUGUUCGGGCCCGAGCUCUGCCGGGGGGGGCUCUGUGUCAACGCCGCCCCCUCCUUCAGCUGCUUCUGCCCCAGCGGCUUCUACUUCGAGCAGGAGCACCUGCAGUGCGUGGACAACGACGAGUGCGCGGCGGCCGAGGCCGAGCCGUGCCUGGGGGGGCUCUGUGUCAACACGGUGGGCUCGUACCUGUGCUCCUGCCCCCCCCCGCUCGUCCUGGACCCCUCCCAGCGCCGCUGCGUGGCCAACGACACCGACCCGGAGGGGUCGGUGGCCGUGUGCUGGCAGGAGGUGGGGCCGGACCUGGUGUGCGGGCGGCCCCGGCGCGCCGCCCCCGUCACCUACACCGAGUGCUGCUGCCUGUACGGGCAGGCGUGGGGCAUGGAGUGCGCGCUCUGCCCCGCCCCCCACUCCGACGAUUUCGAGCUCCUCUGCAACGUCCUGAGACCCCCGAACUUCGCCCCGCCCCUCUACGACCCCUCCCCCAAUUUCGCCCCUCCCCCUCCCCAAUUCGGGCCCCCCCUCCCCCCCCCUUACGGGGCUCCCCCCGCCCCCGAAUAUUUCGGGGGGUUCCGCCCCCCCCUUUACGACCCCUCCCCUUAUUAUGGGGGUGGGGGAGGGGGAGGGGGCGUGGCCUAUGACCCCCUGUACGCCCCUCCCCCUCCCCUCCCCCCUCGCUACGAGGAUUUUGGGGACCCCCCCCGGGGGAGGGGACCCCGCUUUGAGCCCCCCCGAAAUGGGGGGGGGGGACCCCAAUGGAACUUCCAGGCCCACGGGACCCCCGAGGAGGAGGAGGAAGGAGGAGCCCCUGAAAGAAGGGGAGGAGAGUGA